AUGGCGCAAGUGAGAAAUGAAGAUGAUGUUAAUGAUUUACGACUAACAGAUCAAGUUGUUUUUGCGCCUGACUUGCUGGACGAGUUACUGGAACCGGAUCAUGAAGCUUGCUCGAGCGAAGAGUGCAGGAAUGGUCAUGAGACGAAGCAGGAUGAGCUUAAAAUUUCUGACGUUUCUAAAAAGACGGAACAAGUAUAUAAUGUCACAAAAGAGUUUGAAAGUAAUAGCCACGGCAAUGAUGAAAAUGAAGAAGAAAUGGCAACUGAUAAUGAUAAGAAAGACAGAAAUCCAGAAAAUAGUGGUGAUUCUGUUGGUGAGAAUAGUGAUGAUGAGAAAGUUGAUAAAGAUGUAGAAAGUGAAGAUGAAGAGUACGUGGUGGAAAAAAUCCUUGAUAAAAGAUAUAAUCGACGGAAGAAAAGAGUCGAAUAUUUGAUCAAAUGGGCAGGAUAUGACAAUGAAAGUGAAAAUACAUGGGAAUCUGCAGAGAAUUGUAAAUCUGCUCCCGAUGCAAUUCGUGAAUAUGAAGAAAGUCUGAAGAAAAAUGCGAAGAAAUAUCUUCUACGAAAUAGACCAAUAACAGAGGAAAGUGUUUCAAAUGAUGACGAAGAGAAACCAUCAAGAGCCUUAAAAAGGAAGACAAGUGAAAUUAACGUGGAAGCACAUUCCGAAGAAAGUAACAAUGAUGACAGUGAAGAAAUUCAAUCAAAACGUACUAAAGUUGACUGCAUUCUUGGUGUGAAAAAGGAGCAUAAUGAAAUCUUGGCAUUAGUUCGUUUUGAGGAUGGACAUUAUGAUCUUAUAUCAACUCGCGUAUUAGUUAAUAAAUGUCCGAAGUUAAGAUUGAUGUCGAAUCUCGUUGAAACUACGACCGUACAAGUUAAUGGUGGUUUGGUACCCGAAAAGUUAAAAACAGCGAAAGAACUAAAGAAGGAGGCAGCGAAAGCAGCGAAGCUAGCAAAAUUCCGUGAAAAAGUGAAGAAGGCGGAAGUGCAAGCAUGUCAGGCAAAACGCACAGUGGAGACAGCAGAAGCAAAGAAAAGGGAGAUUUGUGAGUACACUGCCAAUACAAAACUAGGAGAGAAAAAGAAUAUUGUUGUUGAAUUACCGAAUGCUUAUAGCCCAAAAUACGUGGAAGCAGCUUGGUAUGAGUGGUGGCAGAAAUCAGGCUUUUUUCGGCCUGAGUAUAAACGUGAUUUAAGUAAACCGAAUCCGAAAGGAAUAUUCACUGUAGUUAUUCCUCCACCGAAUGUCACCGGAACACUGCAUUUGGGACAUGCAUUGGCUACUUCCGUAGAAGAUGUUGUGUGUAGAUGGCAUCGUAUGAAAGGCAAAACAGUUUUGUUCAAUCCAGGUUGUGAUCAUGCUGGAAUCGCUACGCAGAUUGUGGUAGAAAAACGUUUAAAACGUGAAUUAGGUUUAACAAGGCAUGAUCUAGGCCGUGAAAAGUUUAUUGAAGAAGUGUGGAAAUGGAAGAAUGAAAAAGGAGAAGUAAUUUACGAUCAGUUGCGGAAAAUCGGUGCAGGAGUUGAUUGGGAUCGAGCUUGUUUCAUGAUGGAUCCAAAAAUAACACGUGCUGUAACACAUGCCUUUAUAGUAAUGCAUGAAAAAGGUAUUAUAUAUCGAAGUAAUCGGCUGGUUGAGAAAGUGGAGUUAAGCGGACGUACAUUGCUAUCUGUUCCUGGAUAUUUGAAAAAAAUUGAAUUUGGUAUACUGACAUCUUUUGCUUAUCCGAUCGAAAAUUCAGAUGACGAGGUUGUGGUAGCAACUACUCGAGUUGAAACGAUGUUGGGUGAUAGCGCUGUUGCUGUACAUCCGAAAGAUGAGCGAUACAAACACUUCGUUGGCAAGAAUUGCAUUCAUCCAUUUCUUCAAAGGAAACUUCCAAUUAUAGCCGAUUCGUUCGUGGACAUGGAAUUCGGCACAGGAGUAGUGAAAAUAACUCCUGCUCACGAUCAUAACGAUUAUGAAGUAGGACUUCGUCACAAUUUAGCAUUCAUUACUUGCUUCACAGAUGAUGGCAACAUGACCGAGCAGUGUGGCGAAUUCAAGAACAUGAAGCGAUUCGAAGCAAGGGACGCUGUUUUAGAGGCUCUCAAAAAAAAGGGUCUUUUUAGGGGACAAACUGAUAAUCCAAUGGUUGUUCCUUUAUGCAGUCGUUCUAAAGAUGUUGUUGAGCCGAUUUUGAAAUCACAGUGGUAUGUAAAAUGUGACCAGAUGGCACGGCGAGCUAUUGAAGCGGUAGAGAAAGGACAUUUGAAAAUUAUUCCCGACUUUCAUGUCGCGACAUGGCGGAAAUGGUUGGAAAACAUUAGAGAUUGGUGCAUCUCGCGGCAGUUGUGGUGGGGCCAUCGCAUACCUGCUUACUUCGUCAGUGUUGAUGACCCCAAAGUUCCUGCUGGAACUUCUGAUAACAAUGAUUAUUGGGUGAGUGCACAUGAUGAAGCUGAGGCAUUAAAAAAAGCUGCUCGAAAGUUUGACGUUUCGGAAGAGAAAGUUUCUGUGAAAAGAGAUGAAGAUGUUUUGGAUACCUGGUUUUCUUCUGGAAUGUGGCCGUUUGAAAUUUUCGGAUGGCCUGAAAAAACUGCUGAUUUGGAUAAGUUUUUCCCGGGUACACUUCUGGAAACUGGACAUGACAUACUUUUCUUCUGGGUAGCGCGGAUGGUGUUCAUGUCUCAAGAACUUACUGGGAAGUUACCAUUUCAAGAAGUUUAUUUGCAUGCUAUGAUUCGGGAUGCUCAUGGGCGUAAAAUGAGCAAGUCAUUAGGUAAUGUAAUAGAUCCUCUGAAUGUAAUACAUGGUAUAUCAUUGACGGAACUCAACAAAAUGUUGGAAUCUGGUAAUCUUGAUCCGAAAGAACUAAAAAGAGCAAAAGAUGGGCAGGCACGUGAUUAUCCGAAUGGCAUUCCAGAGUGUGGUACUGAUGCAUUACGGUUUGCACUGAUGAAUUAUACUAGUCAGUGCCGAGAUAUCAAUUUAGAUGUACUACGUAUCCAGGGAUAUAGGUUCUUUUGCAAUAAAAUCUGGCAAGCAUCGAGAUUCACAUUGAUGCAGUUGCAUAGCACUUUCGCACCUACCGAAAAAUUUGAUUUGCCAGAAGAGAGUAGUACUUUGGAUCGUUGGAUCAUAUCACGACUGUCUUAUGCUGUGGAAUCAUCUAACAGUGGGAUGUCUGAUUAUCAAUUUAGUCGUGUCACGACUUCGCUGUAUAAUUUUUGGCAAUAUGAUUUUUGUGAUAUAUAUAUUGAAGGAUGCAAAUCAAUGCUUGCUAAUGGUGGGGAUUCUAACGGUGCAGAAAUUGUACGAAAGGUGCUGUUUGAAUGUGUGGAAACAGGAUUGCGGUUGCUAUCACCGUUCAUGCCUUUCAUCACUGAAGAGCUUUGGCAGAGGUUGCCAUCACGUACAUCGAAGGAGCAAUCAGAAAGUAUCUGUGUUACAUCGUAUCCGGAAAUAGAAGAGUAUGCAUUCCGAGAUGAAGCAUUGGAAAAUAGGGUGGCACGCGCAAUGCAUAUCGUGAAAAUUGUUCGUUCUCUUCGUUCCGAUUAUGGGCUAACAGCUAAAGUUUUCUUGCUAACUGCGGAUAAAGCACAACAGAUACCACGAGACUCUAUACAACUUAUUGUUUCGGCAACUUGCAGGAUUUCACUUUUGCUUGAGGGUAUAAUCGAUGUUCCCAAGGAAAUUACGAAAUUAACGGAUAGACAGGAGAAAUUGAUGGUUCAACUACAGAAAUUGCAAGAAACAAUGUCUAGUCCAGCCUAUAAUAAAGUGCCUCUUGGAAUACGUAAUAAUAACGCAGAAAAGGUAGCGUCGCUGUCGGCGGAAUCAAAACAUCUUAAUGAAGCCAUAAUCGCGCUCAAAAACUCACUAGUAUGA